CAGGCUCCGAGUGCGACGUCCCAGGCUGAGGAGCGGAGCGGGAGGCCCCCCUUCGGCUUGAGGUCCCACUCAGAAAACCCCAGCAAUAGGGAGGGCUCUGCCUCUUCGCUUCACCCUCUCUCUCGGCUGGUAGGGGUUCGCCUCGGUACUCGCCGUCUUCCUAUUCCCACUGCUCUCCUAAGUCCGGAAGGCAGGUUUAGAGCUGAGAGAGAGUGGCAGGAGAGGGGCAGCAGGAUGAAUGUGGGCACGGCGCACAGCGAGGUGAACCCCAACACGCGGGUGAUGAACAGCCGCGGCAUCUGGCUCUCCUACGUGCUGGCCAUUGGGCUUCUCCACAUUGUGCUACUCAGCAUCCCCUUCGUGAGCGUCCCUGUCGUCUGGACUCUCACCAACCUUAUCCACAACAUGGGCAUGUACAUCUUCCUGCACACGGUGAAGGGGACACCCUUUGAGACUCCGGACCAGGGCAAGGCGAGGUUGCUAACUCACUGGGAGCAGAUGGACUAUGGGGUCCAGUUCACAGCGUCUCGGAAGUUCUUGACCAUCACACCCAUCGUGCUGUACUUCCUCACCAGCUUCUAUACCAAGUAUGACCAGAUCCAUUUCAUCCUCAACACUCUGUCCUUGAUGAGCGUGCUCAUCCCCAAGCUGCCCCAGCUCCAUGGAGUCCGGAUUUUUGGAAUCAAUAAAUACUGAGGGUGCAGCCCCUUGCCCUGCCCAGGAUGGCAGGGGAGGGGUGGAAGCCUGUGCUGUGAUGCUGAAGACAGAAGGAGCCUCUGGAUACUGCCAGAGAUGGAGGUUGAGCCUCUGGGCCCUAGUCUCCCCACUCACGUCCCCCAGUAGCCGACCUGAAGUAGCUUGUAAUGGGGUUGGGGCAGGCCCCCCCCAGGGCUCUGACCCUUUCUGAUUUUUUGAUCUUUUCCUUUUGCCUUUUGGAUAGAGACUCCAUGGGGGUGGUCAUGGAAUGGGCUGGGCUCUGAGGCUGAACACAGACCUGUGAGGUUAGACAGGAGGCCAGGGAAACCCCCUGUUCACUUGC